AUGGCACACCAAGCCCUGUAUCAGACUGUCAACCCCGCAAAUGGGCAAGUGGUCAAGACCUUUCCCACGACGACAGAUGAACAGGUCUUCGCCGCCCUCGGCAGAGCCCACGAAGUCUAUCAGAAAGAUUGGCGUCGCCGAUCCGUUGGCGAGCGGUGCCAAAUCAUGGCCAAGGCUGCUGCCCUGAUGCGCGAACGCAAACAGGAACUAGCAGAGAUCGCCGUGCUCGAGAUGGGGAAAACGAUCGGCGGCAUGCUUGGUGAGGUCGAGUUCUCUGCCGCUAUCUUGAAUUAUUACGCCAAAAACGGAGAGCAAUUCUUGCGGACCGUUGACCUACCUGGCGUUGCUGGGGCUGUCAUCGCCUCCGAGCCAAUUGGGGUAAUCCUAGCCAUUGAGCCAUGGAAUUUCCCUUACUACCAGGUCGCUCGGGUCGCUGGUCCUCAGCUCGUCGCCGGCAACACAGUCAUGCUCAAACACGCACAAAGCGUGCCACAGUGCGCGAUCGCCCUCGAGAAACUGUUCGCCGACGCUGGAGCGCCAGCUGGUGUCUACACUAACCUGUUCUGCUCAAUUCCCCAAAUCAACGCACUCAUUGCUGACUUCCGGGUUCGGGGUGUCACACUCACUGGUAGCGAACGCGCGGGCGCAUCAGUGGCUGAGAACGCUGGUCGCCAUCUCAAGAAGGUCGUCCUGGAGCUAGGAGGUUCCGAUCCGCUGGUUGUAUUAGAAGAUGCACCGCUUGAUCAAGCCAUCGAGGUAGCAGCUGCAGGCCGCAUGAUGUGCAUGGGCCAAGCUUGUGCCUCGAUUAAGCGAUAUGUCGUGGUAGGCAAGGAGCGGGGCCAGCAGUUCCUCGACGGAGUCAAGGCAAAGUUUGAAGCAAUGAAAGCUGGUGACCCAAUGGACCCAGCAACAACUUUGGGUCCUCUGUUCUCCGAGAAGGCUGUCGACGACCUUGUCAGCCUCAUUGACGAGGCAAAAGCCGCCGGUGCCACCAUUGUCAUGGGCGGGAAGCGGAUUGACCGUCCAGGCUACUACCUAGAGCCCACGCUCAUCACAAACGUGUCUCAAGAGAACCCGUUGUUCCUGAAGGAGGCUUUUGGCCCUGUGGCGACCUUGUACGUUGUUGACACCGAGGCAGAGGCCAUCGAACUGGCCAAUGCAACGACAUUUGGUCUGGGAUCAUCGGUGUUUUCCAGCAACGUGGAGCACGCCAAGAAAGUUGCAGCAGAGAUCGAGGCUGGAAUGGUGUUCAUAAAUUCCGCCGUCAAUUCCGGCCCAGAUGUGCCAUUCGGUGGAGUGAAGAAUUCUGGAUUCGGACGCGAGCUGGGAGAGCUCGGUAUUCAGGAGUUCUUGAACAAGAAGUUGAUCCGGGUGCAUCAGAACUGGCUGUAA